AUGUCGCUCAUUGUUAUGUUUCAGCUGUUGCUCUUCUCUCAGCUGAUGAUUAUUGAGCUUCGAGUAGAGAUUCCUGAAAAGGCGGUGGAGGGAAACCAAACAGUUUUAGUGUGUAACACCACCUGCAGGCUCUCAGACACACCAGUGUUCAUCUGGUACAGAAACGACCUCCGUAUUAAUACGAUCAAGAACAGCAUUAACAACACUCUGAUUCUGCAGCCUACUAAAGCAGACGACUCGGGCAGUUAUAGCUGUGCUGUGAAAGGUCAUGAACACCGUUCUCCUGCUCGAAACCUCACUGUGAUGUAUUCUCCAAAGAAUGUCUCAGUGUCCGUCAGUCCCUCUGGUAAACUAGUAAAGGGCAGUUCAGUGACUCUGACCUGCAGCGGUGAUGCUAACCCACCUGUGGAGAACUACAACUGGUUUAAGGGGACAAAAUUAGUAGGAAACGGAAAUACCUACACCAUCUCCAUCAUCAGGUCUGAGGACAGUGGAGAGUACAAGUGCAAGUGCAUUAAUGAAGUGGGACAUCAGUACUCAAUCGGAGUACGUCUUGACAUAGAUAAUGGUGGGCAACAGGCAGUGAUUGCAGGAAUAAUUGCAUGUGUAUCAAGUUUAGUGCUUGUAAUCAUCAUUGUGCUUCUGAGAAGAAAAAAGAUGUAUUGCUGGUCAGAAGACAGCACUGUUAAGCACGAUAAUGUAGCCGCUGAAUCUGCACCCCCCGACGCAUCUCCUUCCAAUACAGACAAUCAGGACGAGGUUCAGUACGCGAGUAUUGUACACUCGAGGAAACCUGAGGGUACCACAGUGAGAGCUCCUGAGCAGGAUGUUUAUGCUAAUGUCCAGCACCAACGUGGUAAAGCAGAAAAGAAGUAUCAGGGGAAUGACGUUGAGUACGCUACAGUACAAGUUUCCUCUUCAAACAGGCCUGACAGUAAAACAGCAGAGAAUCCUUCAGAAAUCUACAGCAGUCUUAAAUGAACCCCACUGGCAGAAAACCAUUACACCUACUGAAUCUUGUGAUGUUUUAACGACCCCUCUGGAUAAGGGACCAAUAUGCAGCUUGAACUCCAGAAAGAACUGGAGGAGAAACAGACACUUGCUAAUGCUCAGCUGUGAAGAGCAGCACAGCAUCGUUUUGAAUAAAGCUUGAACACACAUUUUUAAACUUGUUGAUCUUAAAACAAGGAAAACUUCUGCAAAACUUGGAAUUUUGGACAAUCGAUCAUCUCUAUUAUCUUGUUGCCAUAAUAAAUUAACUGUAGUUAGCUCAAAUUUAAAUUAAAAUUUUAUUCGUCACAUAAACAGUCAUACACAGUAUGAUAUGCAGUGAAAUGCUUAUACGUCCGCUCGUGACCUUUAAAAUUUAAAUUAACAAUAGAAAUAAAAAUUAAUUAGGAAAUGGAAAUAAAGA